AUGACAGAUAAAAACAAGGACGAUUCAACAAAUAAGGCUAAGGACAAAGUUAGAGGCAAUCCACAGAAGCCCUUACACUGGUUCGAAAUCAUCGUCUCAGAUCCACAAAAAAGGACGGGCGACCCAGGGUCUUCAUCUGGCUACGUAAGUUAUCAAAUAUCAACAAAAACCAACAACGCAGCAUUCUAUGAUAAUCGUGGCAAUUCGGAAUCUAUUAUAGUCGUACAUAGAAGAUACAGCGAUUUGUUGCUACUGCAUGAUAUUUUACUUAAUGAAUUCCCCACCUGCAUCAUUCCACCAUUACCUGAUAAGAAAGUUUUUCAAUACAUAGCAGGCGAUAGAUUUAGUCAAAGAUUCACGCAAAAGAGAUGUCAUAGUUUGCAGAACUUUUUGAGAAGAGUCUCUUUACACCCCGAUCUCUGUCAAUCAAAGGUGUUUAAAACUUUUUUGGUGAGUAAAGAUUGGGAAUCUCACCGCAAAGUUCUUCAGGAUAGUCUGCAACCAAGUAAAGAUGAAGUUACCGAUGCCUUCAUGAACGCUUUCAAAACAGUUCAUAAACAAAACGAAGAGUUCACAGAGAUAAGGGAAAAGAGCGACAAAUUAGACCGAACUGUAACAAAAAUAGAUAAACUAUUUCAUAAAGUCGUGAAGAAAAAUGAUUCAAUGUCUGAAGAUUAUACAAAACUGGGCACCAACCUACAAGAAUUGCAAGAACUCGUUACAGGCGAAAAUGAGGAGCUUACUGGAAAAUUGAAGAUUUUCAACGAAGGAGUAACACAAUUGUCCUACGGCUUACAAGACCUUACUAAAUACUUGGAUUACGAAUAUAUCGUCGAUUUGAAGGAUCUCGAACACUAUAUCGAUAGUAUGCGACAACUAAUCAAAUUGAAAGACCAGAAACAAAUAGACUAUGAGGCUCUCAGUGAUUAUCUAACUAGGUCAAUCAAGGAAAAAAAUAACUUGAUUUCUGGAUACGGCGGAAGUAACUUUUUCGCUAAUAAAUUAGAAGAAUUAGCCGGCAUAAACCAGGAGGCUUCACGUAGAGAAAAGAUCAAUAAAUUAGAAAGCAAGAUAGCAUCACUAACUGGUGAAUUAGAAAAUGCCAAGAGGGUAGCAGAUGGAUUUGAACAAGCAUGUUUGAAGGAAAUAGAUCAUUUUGAAAGCGUUAAAACCACAGAAAUCAAGCAGUCUCUUGGUUCACUAACAGAUCACCAUAUCGAAUUCUACGAAAGGAUACUGGAGGCAUGGGAAAAAGUGGAUGAGAGUCUAUGA